GGCUGAGCCCCGGGGACACCCCCGAGCCCCCCAUGGCCGGGCGGGCACCGCAGCGCAGCCUCCCGGCAGCGGCCGCCGCCGCGCUCCUGCUCCUGCCCAUAGUUCUCCACUGUGAAUCUUCUGUGAACCUACCCUUGUCUGUUCUGCUGGAAAAGUACUGUGAGGCUUUGUCAGCCCGCACCAAUGUCACAGGUCCCUACUGCAAUGCCACCACGGAUCAGAUCGGGACCUGCUGGCCCAGAACCUCCGCGGGGGAACUGGUGGAGAGACCCUGCCCGGAAUUCUUCAACGGGAUCAAAUACAACACCACGAGAAAUGCCUACAGAGAAUGCCUGGGCAAUGGGACGUGGGCUUCCAAGAUAAACUACUCUCAGUGUGAGCCUAUUCUGGAUGACAAGAGGAAGUAUGCGCUCCAUUACAAGAUUGCUCUCAUCAUAAACUACCUGGGGCACUGUAUUUCAGUAGGGGCCCUUAUAGUUGCCUUUAUGCUUUUCUUGUGCUUGAGGAGUAUCCGAUGCCUGAGGAAUAUUAUCCACUGGAAUUUGAUCACCACAUUCAUCCUGAGGAACGUGAUGUGGUUUCUGCUCCAGAUGAUAGAUCACAACAUACACGAAAGCAAUGAACCCUGGUGUCGAUGUAUCACCACUGUCUACAAUUAUUUUGUGGUGACCAACUUCUUCUGGAUGUUUGUGGAAGGCUGCUACUUGCACACUGCUAUAGUGAUGACUUACUCCACGGAUAAGCUAAGGAAAUGGGUCUUUCUCUUCAUAGGAUGGUGUAUUCCUUGUCCAAUCAUCAUUGCCUGGGCCAUUGGCAAGCUAUAUUAUGAAAAUGAACAAUGCUGGUUUGGAAAGGAGCCAGGGAAAUACAUUGACUACAUAUAUCAAGGGCCAGUAAUUCUUGUCCUUCUGGUAAGU